UUUCCCUUCCCCCUUACAUAUAUUGCUCGCUUGUUAAGGAUUCAUAUUUCCGAGCGAAAGAGAGAAGAAGAGGCGGAGAGCAACCAAAACAGUUUUGCAGCAAUGGCGCCGAGGAAGACUCCCGUCGUUUCCAGGAACCCGCAGCUCAUCAGAGGAGUUGGCAAGUACUCCAGGUCCAAGAUGUACCAUAAGCGAGGUCUCUGGGCUAUCAAGGCCAAAAAUGGCGGUGUUUUCCCCAAGCACGAUCCUAAACCUAAGGCCGCCGCUACCCCAGUGAAGCCCUCAAAGUUCUACCCGGCCGACGAUAUCAAGAUGCCACUUCCCAACAAGCGCAAGGCUAAGCCCACCAAGCUCAGGGCUAGCAUUACUCCUGGGACUGUUCUGAUUCUCCUUGCUGGAAGGUUCAAGGGCAAGAGAGUUGUGUUCCUUAAGCAGCUAACCUCUGGGUUGCUUUUGGUUACUGGGCCAUUCAAGGUCAAUGGUGUCCCUCUCAGGCGUGUGAACCAGGCUUAUGUCAUUGGAACCUCUACCAAGGUUGAUAUCUCUGGCACCAAUGUUGACAAGUUCGAUGACAAGUACUUUGCCAAGGCUGCGGAGAAGAAGAACAAGAAGGGAGAGGGAGAGUUCUUUGAGGCAGACAAAGAGAGGAGAAGAGCGAGUUGCCACAAGACAAGAAGGAUGACCAGAAGGCUGUCGAUGCAGCAUUGCUUAAAUCGAUUGAGGCAGUGCCAGAUUUGAAGUCGUACUUGGCUGCCAGGUUCUCCUUGAAGGCGGGGAUGAAGCCUCAUGAGCUUGUUUUCUAAGCGAAGAGUAUUUUAGAAACUUAAAUCUUUUGUUGUCGGUUGGUAUUUUGGUUGGAGACACUUAUUCUAGAAAAGUUUGUACUGAGAGUUUUGAUUUUGUGAUAGACGGGCUUCGUUAAUCAAAUAUGAGUACUGGUUUUGCAAGGCCAAUCUACUCUUUCCCCAAUUCCCUAUUUGGUGGUGGUGCUUUGAUCUUGGUUAUACUCGGAUGUAGUAGUCAGUUAUUGAGCUAUUAUGCACCUCUUCUUGCGGAUGUUCUUAAUGAAGGGAUCGAGUCAAGUGACUCUGUUCAUAUGGAAUUGCAACGAUCUAGGUCAUUUGGGCUAUUGCUUACGAGCUAAAUAGAAUAACAUUGUUGCUUUUUUGAA